AGGAGCUGUUGCCAGAGACGUGUUGCACUUCACUCAUUUGUUGUCUCCUCAGGGGUGAAUUUUCAGUCAAGAAAUGGUUUCCAUCACAACUGAAAAUGAUACACAGCUGUACAACAUGACCACCCAGAAGCUCACAGUCAGUCCAGAAUAUCUCUACAAUAAUUCAGGAGUGCAUCAGAUAGGUCAAAAUGGAUGUGUUAAUGCAGAUGUAUGGAAAUGGAUACAGGAUUAUCAGCCUGGAUUUCUCUGGUUUAUAUUUAUUCUGGGAUCAAUAGAAAAUUCCUUUGUGCUCACUGUCCUGUGUUUCCACAAGAGCAGCUGCACAGUGGCUGAAAUUUACCUAGCAAACAUGGCAUUUGCUGACCUAAUGUUGGUCUGUACUUUACCUUUCUGGGCCAUUAAUAUUUCUAAUAAUUUUCAUUGGUCUUUUGGCCUGUUUCUCUGUAAAUCUGUCAAUAUUAUGAGUCACAUGAACUUGUAUUCUAGCAUUUAUUUCCUGACACUAGUGAGUAUUGACCGCUACCUCGCCUUGGUGAAAACCAUGUCUCUUGGACGGGUGAGACGAACCGUCUGUGCCAAAUGGAAUUGUUUUGUAAUUUGGACAUGUGCACUGCUCAUGUGUUCACCUACAAUGGUGUUUCGAAAUUUGCAUUAUUAUCCCGACUACAACAUCACAGCCUGUGCUCUUCUUUACCCAGCCAGCUACUGGGAACCCACAAACAACUGCUUGCUGAAUAUUGUGGGGUUUGUGAUCCCAUUCUGUGUAAUCACCUAUUGCACUGUGCAAAUCAUCAAAGCCUUGCGAAGCAGCGAGCUGCGGAAAAUGAAGGUGGUCCAGACAGAGAGGAGAGCCACCAUGCUGGUCCUUGCUGUGCUCCUGCUGUUCAUUGUGUGCUGGCUUCCGUUCCAGAUCAGCACCUUCAUCGACACAAUCCGUUAUUUCUCACCCACCCUCAAAUGCCUGGAAGACAUCAAUGACAUACUGACUCAGAUAGCCACGUACUGCUCCUUUAGCAACAGCUGCCUGAACCCAGUCUUGUAUGUGAUUGUUGGGAAAAACUUCCAGAAGAAGGCUGUGGAAUUCUACAAGGACUUGUUCACAAAGAGGUGCAGAAAAUUGCAGUCUGCACAGAUGGAAAACACCCUGGACACUUUAAGAACUUCCAUUUCAAGUGAAUACCCAAGAAAAAAGUCUGUUAUGUCAUUACCCCAAUAGCAUAAUUUUAGGAAAAUCUUAAAAGAAGAAAGCCUUCUAACUUAUUAGUCUCCACUCAUAUCCAUCUGCUACAGGUCCACAGAAUAAACAUGUGUUCCUUACAUGACGGAAAACAAUGGUUUGAUCUUAAUGGAAAUUCCAUAGAGACCUGCUUCUAAUGUUAUUAGAUUUUUUUAUGAUUGAAUCCUGUUUUGUAGCUUACUUUCAUUUUCAUGGCUGAAUUAUACCAGGUGCAUGUAUCAUUUGGAAUGUUUUUCUAGGGUGUAUAUACAAUUUCUGAACAGACCCCCAGUACAAAAAUUUUUGUCAGGAUUGUGCAGCUACAUAUGGUACCCAUAUGCGCGUUAGAUAAGAUUUUGAUCUGGGAGGGGCUUGUAUUUGGGUAAGUUCUGUUAACUGAAAUCUGUAGGAUAUGUUUUUAGAUGUGUCUGUCUUUUGGGCUUUUAAUUUCUUUCUUCAGUCAUCUGAAACUAUCUGAUUCUUCCAUUGACAAGCAGUGCCUUUUUGCAACUGCUCUGGUCAGUUACAGAUUUACAUGAGCAAGUACAUAUGAAAAGUAGCUGAAAAAAAAGGUAAAGCAGUAGUGGAAGGGAACCUGCACCCACCUGCACGAAGUUAGCUGAGUUUUCUUUGUAGAAGAAGAUUCUUUACUCAUUCUACCUUGGAGUGAAAGCAUUCACUUACCCUUUUUGAGUGAGUGAAUGCUAUUUAUAUUCAUGCUAAACUCAGGUUUUUAGUAUUCACAGGGCAUCAUUAAUGUUAUUCAAUGGACAUACAAAACCUCAGCACAACUGGUAUAAUCUCACAAAUGGAAGAAACUGAGAAUAUGAAGGAGAGCAUCACCUAAGUGCAUUAGAAAUCUAACAGGGGUCUUGAAAGCUCAGAGUAUUCAAGAAUGGCUUUUUCAGAUUCUAGUAAUACCUACAUUUUAUUUGUAGAGUAAAUCUGUGAGAUUUUAAUACAAGAUAGCUUUUCCCCAACUGGACUGUGGUUUUGAAGUAAGUUGAUUAUACACAUUAAAAAACUCAUAGUGUACUGAAUUGUCUGUAUGCACUUUAACCUCUAGGAACCUUGAUCAAAACUGAGUGGAAGAUGAUCUAAGAAAACUAAGAGUCUGUUGUUUUCAAGGCCCUCAAUGUUACAGCUUUUAAAGCUACCAAGGGAAAUGAAGUUUGCUGACAUGAGUAAACUCAGAUGGCAACUACAUGGUCUUUAUCCAUCACAGCUUGAAUGGAGCAAUAAAGUCCAUUUAAGAUGGGAGAUUUGUAUUAAACCUUCAAAAAACUAAGCUGCAAAAUAGAAGUGUGCAGAUGUGAUUUAAAGACGGUUGGAUUUAGAUCACUGUGUAUGAUUUCUAGGCAAUUUCUAUGGUUUUUAUUUGAUAAUCCUAUAUAAUCCUAUGUCAUAAAUAAUUCUAUUGCCCAUCCUUUUUGUUGUCUGAUGCAAUAGGGACAACUAUGAUGAAACACUGCAAGGCUUUCUGUUAUAUCCAGUGUUAUCACACUGUCUCAUGCAUAAGCAUGCUGUUCAUGCAACCCUUACACAAAAGGAACUCCAUACAGAGGUUAUUGAGGCAACAGAAGUUAUUUCUGAGUAUUUGGUACUGAGAAGUAAAAUAUAAAAAUAUUACUAUGUUAAUAUCACAUUAAUUUAA